UUGUAAUCGAUACUGAAUGCACAAAUUAUUGUGAUUGCUCGCUGCACGGAAGGGAAUAUAUUAUCACAAUGAAAGGAAUGGCAGCGCUGUCGCUUGCGGUGUUUGGAUUCCUGGUACCGACCGUGCAGCCUUUGCCAGCGGUGGUGGAAACGCUAGGAACCCGGAAACGUGAGGCGAGUGCGGACAUCACCAUAGACACUCCUGAAGGUGAAAUCAUUGUCAAUGACACGAAGAUGAAGUUUAUAACAGUCCCAGAAGGAUACGACAACAAAACACGGCCUGGUCCAUCGGCUCCUGACGUGGAUUGUUCAAUCCACGUGCUGAAACUUGGUCCUUUUCUAGAAAAAGACAUGCUAUUUCCGAUCUCCUAUUACUUCGCGUGUAACUGGACGGACACACGACUGAAAGUUCCCGACAACCACACUUUCGCGUACGUCGACGAAUCUGCGGGAAGCGUCUGGAAACCAUUACCACAUCCCGUGCCAAUGUCGGAUACAAUCAUCCGAGAAGAAUUUGUCGAACCACCCUUGGUUAUUGCUGGUGGAACAGUGUACAUGUUAAAAAAAUACACCUUCAACGCGCCAUGUGUGAUGAAACUGUACAGCUUCCCUCACGACCAGCAGUUUUGUAACGUACCAAUCAUGAUGCGUGGUGGCGUGAAAGCUUCAUGGGGAGCCAUGAUGUACUGGCCGGUUCAAGACCAGCCUAUCCUGAUGAACAUGCAGGCAUUCCGCUCGGUUUUCCGCGUGGAAUAUUUGGAAUUCAUCAGCUGGGCUGGCAGUACUCUAUCGCCAAAGGAAACAUGCAUCUACCAGAAGGGAUACUGUGACUACGGCGGAUCUGAAGACUGUCACACAACAAGUUUGCGAUGUACCGAAGCGGAGAAUCAGAAUAAAUCGGAGUGCAUCAACUGUAGCUUUUUCGGAGGAAAGUGUAAAACGUACCAAACUCCAAACUGUUCUUCGGUUUUGCAGAAAGUCGACGAGUUUGGAAUAUACUGGACGAAUCUCGAGUUGAGGCUCAAGUUGACCAGGCGGCUUGGCUACCACAUUCUGAAUUCAUACAUCCCGUCCAUGUCUGUGGUCGGCAUGUCCUGGGUGUCCUUCUGGAUCGACCCGUCUUCAGCUCCGGCCAGAACCGGACUAGGAGUGACCACUGUCUUGACCAUGGUUACGCUGAGUGGCAAAGUAGGAGGAGCUCCUGAGCUGAACUACAUCCGGGCAAUUGACGUGUGGAUGCUGACGUGUAAACUGUUCGUCAUCCUGGCCCUGUUGGAGUACGCAUGCGUCAACUUCACUGCCUUGACUCAAAAGAGAAAGGUAGAACAGAUGCCCGAGGUUGAUGUGGAACGACAGACAAAGAAGGAAGUGGGACAAGAUCUAGAUCUGUAUGACUGUGACGAAAAAAAGCCGCCCCCGAAGUUUUCCGUCUCGACUCUGACGGCAGAGAAGGUUAACCGCAGCGUGGACCAUGUGUCACGUGUGGCGUUCCCGGCAGCCUUCGCGAUCUUCGUUUGUGCAUACUUUAGUUUUUACCUUGCGGAUUCGCCUUAGUGUGUAAAAAAUGGCGGUCAUACAAUCCUGAAAUAAAGAAAAGCUCCUUGAUAUGCUUUUCAAAUUGUAUCUAUGGUUGAAGGCCUCUUCUGAGGAUAUUUGAGGCCAGUCAAACGGUGGAGGGUCAGUCCUUUUGCAGAGGUUUUUUUUAGAUAUCUUUUUGCUUCGAGUAUAUUUGUAUCGAAGCCACACAUGAAAGGACACGUAUACACAUCCAAUCGGACCAAUUGCUGAAGCUGUUGCAUGAAGAUACUGAUGUAUAAUACUGUUUCCGCAUGUUCGGACCAAACUUUGCAUUU